UCAAUGAAAAUACCAUACAACAUUUUCGUUUUUGAGCUUUAGAGCCAAACAAUUGUUUGGAAGGUUUGGGAAAUGGUCGAUCGUGGUGUACCGUGAUUUGUACAAAUUCGUAAACGAAAAUUGCUGACGAUUAUUCGUGAUGUGAAUGCCGCCCUUGAUAUGACGUUGAAUCGUUGAAUGGCUAUCACCAAUUCAUGGAUCGUGAACUUUCAGCUGCAUUUGAUGAAGCAAAUUGUGGUCGGCGAGAAUCCUUUUAAAAAGAGGAAACAGCAAAAGGGUAUACCCAUGACAUCUCAGUUUAUAUUUUUUUCGCAAAAUAAACGCUUGAUACGUGAUCAAGGGAUCCCAUUGCCAAGGCGGCGAUUACAAUCGUGUACGAUUUCAAAUCGUUGGCCAAAAUCGUACCAAUGUGAGCAAACAAUUGUACGAAUGUGGCGCGAGAUGCGAGAUAUGGGCGAUGUCAUUGCUGCAACUCUUCGAGAUGGACCGAAUGCAGGUCGUUUGGUGUCAAAGAAGCAACGCUUCUUCAAAACAUGGCUACCAAAUGUGGCAAACUUUGAAAUCGAAGGAGCUGCCGGAGCACGACCAACGCUCACAACUGUAUGGCAUCGUGAUAUCACAGCAGCGGAGCUGAUCCUCUACAAAGGUGAAUGCGUUGUGUUCAAGCGGACAAUUCAUCCAAAUGUGCGGAGACCACGCCGGAAUGACAACAAUCAGCCAUUGCCGUUGUAUCGAGGUCAGAAUCAGAAUGUCAAUAAUGAAAAUCUGCAGCCGUAGCAGUAGCAGCCCUCAUUCAACAACAACAACAUCAUUCAAUCAAAUUAUAAUUUAGAAAUUAGUUUAUAACAAUUAUUUGUUAGUCCGCUAUGCUUGAUUAAAUUGUGGCCUUGCCGAAGUACGAGUUACCUCUUGGUAUAAAUUGUACUUGUAUAAAGAAAUAAAAAUAAUUAUUUUCAAUUAUCUGAACAGUUGGAAAGUUUUGUAUCAAUCAUAUUGACUUUUUGUCUGUGACCAGACAAAUACGAUUCGAUACAUGCUUUUGCCAAAACACUUUUCUAGGAUGUACAAAAAAUGUACUUAAUUGUACCGCAAUUUAUUUUUAUUUGUACCUUACUCGUUUGGCUAAUAUUUGAGGUUCAAAUUUCGGGGCACUUCAAUUUGCCGGUCAUCUAGCCAAAAUAAAACUCAAAGAUAUUUUUUAAAUUUUUAUGGCUGAUAAUAAUUGUACCUAAAAUGUACCUUCAAAAUAACAUCAUCAUAAAGUCAUAACUUCGAUGGUGUUCUUCUGCAGAGCAUGUCCUUCGAAAUUCACGGGGGAUUUCCCGAAAAAAUGGCAAAAAUGAAAAUCAACGAUAUUUUUUAAAAUUUUAUUGCUGAUAAUACAAUUAUUUUCAGUGAGGUACAAUUAGAUUCAGUGAGGUAUUCUAUCACAAUAUUGAGUUGGCCCGUAAUGUGAGCUCCAAAUAUUAUCGAAACAAGUAAGGUUCAAUUAAAAAUAAAUUGCGGUACUAUUAAGUACAUUUUUGGUACAAUUAUUAUCAGCCAUAAAAUUUGAAAAAAUAUCGUUGAUUUUCAUUUUUGCCAUUUUUUAGGGAAAUCCCCCGUGAAUUUUGAAGGACAUGUUCUGCAGAAGAACACCAUCGAAGUAAUGACUUUAUGAUGAUGAUAUUUUGAAGGUACAUUUUAGGUACAAUUAUUGUCAGCUAUAAAACUUUAAAAAAUAUCUUUGAGUUUUGUUUUCGUCAUUCUAUCACAAUAUUGAGUUAGCCCGAAAUGUGGGCUCCAAAUAUUAUCCAAACGAGUAAGGUACAAUUAAAAAUAAAUCGAAGUACAGUUAAGUACAUUUUUGGUACAAUUAUUAUCAGCAAUAAAAUUUUAAAAAAUAUCGUUGAUUUUCAUUUUUGCCAUUUUUUCGGGAAAUCCCCCGUGAAUUUUGAAGGACAUGCUCUGCAGAAGAACUCCAUCGAAGUAAUGACUUUAUGAUGAUGUUAUUUUGAAGGUACAUUUUAGGUACAAUUAUUAUCAGCCAUAAAAAUUUAAAAAAUAUCUUUGAGUUUUAUUUUGGCUAGUUGACCGGCAAAUUGAAGUGCCCCGAAAUUUGAACCUCAAAUAUUAGCCAAACGAGUAAGGUACAAAUAAAAAUAAAUUGCGGUACAAUUAAGUACAGUUUUGGUACAAUUAUUUAAACCUAGUCCCAAGUUUCGACUUUCACAUGCGCGGACAUUCGAAUAUACAUCCCUUUUUUAAUUAGUAAUUUUAUACUCACUGAGUCAAAAGCCUCCGCGAUGUCUAAAUAAAUGGAAAUGGUGUCAGUUUGAUGUAUUUUCACCAAUAAUCACAUUUUAUAUAAAUUCUUUUAAAUUUGUUUUUCGUUGAUAUUUUGGUAAUCAACAAAAUGGCCGAAGUUCUUAAAAUAGUAUUGUAUUAACUCAUUUGAAAUAUAGGCAGGGUAAUAAUUUUGGUGAAAUGUGAUUUAUUCAUGUGUGCAUUUUAUAA